GAUGCUUAGGGCCUCUACAAACUACAGUCUUUUCUCUUUCACUGAAAGCUGCCACUGCUGGGAGACACUCCCCCUUCUCACUCAUCAAUAUUUUUUUACUCCAUGUUAUUAUAUUCAAGAAUUUUUAUGUUAAAUUUUUUUAUUCUCUGAAACUCUAACUCUACGUGUCUCUUUCAAGCCUCUGUGCCCUUUGAUCCAUGUCCUUGUUCUUCAAGCCCUAAAUACAUCUCUAGGGUUUCAGUCUCUUCCUCUAUUACUCGUGUGGUGGGUGGGUUUGAUGCCUGGAUUGGAACCUUUGUUUCCACUGCGCAUUAAAAUAGCCAUUUUUAAGGUUUGAAGGUACUCAUCAUUUUGCAGAUUCUUUUUAGUUAAAGUUUGGAUUUUUGGAAUUUAGGGUUUUGUUUAUUGUGAAUUAGUGGGUCUUCUUGUUACAUUGAGAGCAUGCGUUCUAUGUACAAGGAGGACUGGCAUUUUAAAGCUAUAAUGUGCCGACUUUGCCUUAGUCUGGUGAAAGAUUGAAGAUUUUCAAGAUUCCAGGGUUUGGGUCUCUGAAAUUUAGGAUUUUGCUUCUUGCAAAAGGUGUGACUUUGAAGGUUUGUGAAGGAGUGGAUUCAUACAUUUGGUGCUUGAUGGCUCAUAUAUAUUGGAUGAGUUGAAUUCUGGGUUAGUUUCUCUAUUUAUCUUUCCGUUUUAAAGUUUUGGUAUAUGGGUUUUGGUGGGUUGAGUAUGGUAAUGAUGGGAAUGGAGGAUGAGGAUUGUAUUGUAAAAAUGCAAGAUUUUUGAGGGUGUGAACAUUGGUUCUAAAGGAGGUACUUGUUGGUGGUGGUUUUGGUGCAUAAUGGGUUGCAUUUAUUGCAAGCCCUCUGCUAUUGAGGAUAGCAAGGACAGCCCCAGAGAGAGAUUGUCAAGCAAGGCGGCAUCAGACUCGCGGGCAACAAGGGUUGCUUCCUCAAGGAGGGAGGAAGCUUAUCGAGCAAAAGAUCGAUAUGAUAGUAAUGAUGGGAGAACAAUGUUAAUUGAUAAGCAAUUGAACGGGAAUGUUCGAUCCCAUGGUGAGAAUUUCGAGAGGAAGAGGGAGAAGAUGGAAUAUGUUGCUGCUCAACAUCCUGGGAUGGGUAGCAUUCCGAAAGCUGUAGAAGGGGAACAGGUUGCCGCAGGGUGGCCAACCUGGCUAGCUGCAGUGGCUGGAGAGGCCAUCAAAGGAUGGGUACCACGGCGUGCAGAUUCAUUUGAGAAGCUAGAUAAAAUUGGUCAGGGAACUUAUAGUAAUGUUUAUAGGGCUCGUGAUCUUGAUCAAAAGAAAAUUGUUGCUUUGAAGAAAGUGAGGUUUGAUAACCUGGAGCCUGAGAGUGUCCGCUUUAUGGCAAGGGAAAUUCACAUUUUACGAAGGCUUGAUCAUCCAAAUGUAAUAAAGCUAGAAGGUCUAGUUACUUCAAGGAUGUCUUGCAGCUUGUAUCUUGUUUUUGAGUACAUGGAGCAUGAUUUGGCAGGGCUUGCUUCACACCCUGGUCUGAAGUUUACAGAAGCACAGGUUAAAUGUUACAUGCAGCAACUAUUAUGUGGACUUGAACAUUGUCACAGUCGUGGUGUUCUGCACCGUGACAUUAAAGGUUCCAACCUUUUAAUUGACAACAAUGGCAUGUUGAAAAUUGCUGACUUUGGUCUGGCAAGCUUUUUUGAUCCCCGUCAAAAUCAGCCUCUAACAAGCCGUGUUGUAACUCUUUGGUAUCGACCACCCGAGCUUUUACUUGGUGCUACUUACUAUGGGACUGCUGUGGAUUUAUGGAGUACAGGCUGCAUACUUGCUGAACUGUAUUCCGGCAAGCCUAUUAUGCCUGGAAGAACUGAGGUGGAGCAGUUGCAUAAAAUUUUCAAGCUUUGUGGCUCACCUUCGGAAGAUUAUUGGAGGAAAUCAAAGUUGCCUCAUGCAACCAUAUUUAAGCCCCAACAGCCUUAUAGACGCUGUGUUGCAGAAACUUUUAAGGACUUCCCUGCACCAGCUCUAGCACUUAUGGAGAUCCUUCUUUCUAUAGACCCUGUGGAUCGUGGAUCUGCAGCUUGUGCUCUUAAAAGCGAGUUCUUUACAACAAAACCUCUUCCUUGUGAUCCAUCAAGUUUGCCAAAGUAUCCUCCGAGCAAAGAGUUUGAUGCUAAAGUACGGGAUGAGGAAGCUAGAAGACAAGGAGCAGCAGGAAAGGGCCAAAGGGUUGACCAUGAAAGGAGAGGAACAAGAGAGUCUCGAGCCAUACCAGCACCUGAUGCCAAUGCUGAAUUAGUCUUGUCAAUGCAGAAAAGGCAAGACAAUUCUAAGAGCCGGAGUGAGAAGUUUAACCCUCAUCCAGAAGAAGUUGCUUCUGGCUUUCCAAUUGAUCCACCGAGGCCAUCACAAGCUGUAGAUUUAAGUGUAGAAAAUCAUGGACAUAACCAUAAGAGAGCUUCCCAUUCAGGGCCAUUGGCUCACCGUGCUGCAUGGGCAAAGUCUACUAAGAACCCAGAUGAUGCACCAAAGGUUUCAACUGGAGCUGACUUGUCAACAAUGUCAGGUUUAGUGGCAGCAAGGAGAAGUAUGUUAUCUGAAGAACGCAGAAAAAGGUCUAGUUCUUCACAAAUGGAAGGUCCAAAAGUAAUAGGCAGGUUUCCAGGUUCGUUCAAGGAGGCCUCAGAUCCUUUACCAAAAGAUCAAAAGCAGGCUGUUGUAGGUUCUCGUCAAAAAGAAGAUGUUAGAAGCAACAAAGAUCCAAUUAUUGUUGGCUAUGGAUCAAAGGGUCACAAAAUGCACUACUCAGGUCCGUUGCUAGUUCCCUCUGGCAACAUGGAUCAGAUGCUGAAGGACCACGAUCUCCAGGUCCAAGAAGCUGUUAGACGAGCACGCCUAGAGAAGGCAAAGGUCAGAAAAUUUCAAGCUGAAGGGAACCAAAUAUCCACCAAUUCAUUAUUUGUUUCUGGUCGUUGAGCCGGUUUUAAGUAGACCCGAAAGCAGAGCAUCAUCAGGAAAAUCACUGCAGAUAAUUUGCUGGUUUUCUCUUGUGAAAUAUGAGUUAUUCAUUGGUGGGGUGGGGUGGGGUGGGGUGCUUUUCUUUUUUGUAUAGUGGGUGCACCCGUGGAAGAAUAGCUGGUGUCCAUUUUCAACUAAGUUUAUAGCUUAGAACACACGCUCUCUCUUACUUGUAUCUUUUUUCCCCCUUGCUACUAAUAUAUGGCCCAUUAUUGUAGAGGAAUUGUUAUAAGCCAUAAGCUGUGGAGUAUGUGGGAAAUAUGAAAUUGUCUUCUGUAAUGAAAAGAGUAAGAUGCUGCAUUCUUCA